CUCUCUUACACCACACACUGACAACAUGCUGGGGACCCUCUGCACUCUCAUCACUGCUCUAACAUAUGUUGAUGCAGCGAUCGUGCUGACCCAGACGCCUGCUGUCCACACAGUUUCUGCAGGACAAGAGGUUGUUCUCAGCUGCAACAUUCAGAGAUAUGAUGGCUAUUAUGUGUACUGGUAUAAACAGGUUCCUGGUGGGGUUCCUCAGUAUGUUCUGUGGUUUGACUACAGUGACAGUUCUCUAGACUUUGGAACAGGAUUCUCUUCAGACCGAUUUCACUCUAAAUCCUCAUCAAACAUAGAUUACCAGUUCAUUAUAAAGCGAGCAGAGGCAGGAGAUUCUGCUCAGUAUUUCUGUAGCACAUAUGAUGACUCUGCUGAUGAACAUGUAUUCGGACAAGGCACCAAGCUGAUUGUGGCGGACUCCAGUCUCCCUCCUCCUGUCCUGACUGUCUUCCCUCCGUCCAGCGCUGAGCUCCAGACCAACAAAGCCACUCUGGUCUGUCUGUCCAGUCAGUCUGUGCCUUUUGCAGAUGUGACCUGGUUGCUUGGCGGGAGUCCAGUGAGCAGCGGAGUCUUCACCAGCGCUGCUGCUCACCAACCGGACCAGACUUUCCAAAUCAGCAGCCAUCUGAGCGUCCAGACGUCAGAUUGGAACCAGGAUAAGCUUUACACGUGUAAAGUGUCGCUGGGCUCCCAGACGUCAGAGAAAACCAUCCACAAGUCGGUCUGUCCCACUGGAGAAUAACAGAGGAGCAGAGUGACCAUUUAAAACCUGCUUCUUCUUCUGUUUGUGCCGUUUGCUCAUCAAAAUGUGUCUGCUUGUAAUAUACCUGAUGACCAUUAGGUAGCGCUGUUGUAUCAGCUUUGAAUCGCCUACUUGCAGACUCAAUAAUAAUAAAAAAAAAUCAUUGCUAUCAAAAUCUUGUGUUUGUAAUGCUUAUCUGGGACAUAUGCAUAUGUUUGUUUUUAAUUGUGUUCAUGGAUCGAGUGGCUUAUUAAAUCAAAAUCCAUCA